AGCCGCCAUGUUUAUUUGCCCAGCAACAUGGAGUUGUUUGGGUGGCAAUCGGCGGGGUGUUAUUAAAUAUCAGUGGUGCGCCAGAUUGAUAGCAGUAAUAUUUUUGAAUGAAUUUACCAAUAAAUAAUCACUGAAGUCAUUAAAUAUUGCAGCAAAUGAGAAAAAAAAAAAAAAAAUUCUGCAAUAAAUUUGCCUUCUCAAUUUUGAAAUUGAUGAGAAAAAUAAUAAAUGGACAGCAAAGUGCAAGCAUUGCCAUAUAAAGGUGUAAGAGGUGUGGGGAACCUCUUUUUAAGGUAAAAGCCAAGCCUGUGGAAAUAUGAAUUCUACAGACCUGGGUGCAGCCUUUUGUGUUGUUCGCUGCUGCUGUCACAGAAAAAAAAACUGGUUGCACUCGACAGGAGGAGUACCCAUCCUGAAGCAAAACAUAUGGUUUGUAGAGCUAUGCUGAAAGUGUAAAGGAGCGUCAUGAACAGAUACACUACUCUCAAGCAGCUUGGAGAUGGGACCUAUGGUUCUGUUCUCCUGGGGAAAAAUCUUGAGUCAGGACAACUGGUUGCUAUUAAAAAAAUGAAAAGGAAGUUUUAUUCUUGGGAAGAAUGCAUGAAUCUUCGAGAGGUCAAGUCGCUGAAGAAAUUAAACCAUGCCAACGUAGUCAAACUGAAGGAAGUUAUCCGUGAAAACGAUCAACUUUAUUUUGUGUUUGAAUAUAUGAAGGAAAAUCUCUACCAACUGAUGAAAGAUAGGGUCAAGUUGUUUCCUGAAUCCUCUGUAAGAAACAUCAUGUACCAGAUACUGCAAGGAAUGGCCUUCAUUCAUAAACAUGGAUUUUUUCACAGGGACAUGAAACCAGAAAAUCUUCUGUGCAUGGGACCAGAACUUGUUAAAAUAGCUGACUUUGGACUUGCCCGUGAAAUUAGAUCUCGACCACCUUAUACUGACUAUGUCUCCACAAGAUGGUACCGUGCCCCUGAGGUUCUUCUGAGGUCUACAAAUUAUAGCUCUCCAAUUGACCAAUGGGCAGUUGGCUGUAUUAUGGCAGAAAUCUACACACUCAGGCCUCUGUUUCCUGGUUCAAGUGAAGUAGAUACAAUAUUUAAAAUUUGCCAGGUAUUGGGGACGCCAAACAAGAAUGACUGGAGUGAAGGCUAUCAGCUUGCUGCAGCGAUGCACUUCCGCUGGCCGCAGUGUGUCCCCAGCAACCUAAAGACCCUGGUUCCGAAUGCCAGCAGUGAGGCAAUCCAUCUUAUGAGGGAUAUGCUGCAGUGGGACCCAAAGAAGCGGCCUACAGCUAGUCAGGCACUUCGUUAUUCCUAUUUCUCUGUUAGUCAAGCCUUGGGGACUCCUCAGCAAAUACAAGAGCCAGGGAAGCCACAAGCAAAGCCACAACAGCUGCCCCUGCAACUGAAACCUGUGCCUCCUCCUCAGCCCCCAUCUCAACACUAUCACCGCUCCCCAUCUAGACCCUUGCAACAAAUCCAGCCUGCUCAGAACCAAGCGUAUCCACACAAGACAGACUCGACACAUGAGCUGUUUGACAGAGCAGUAAAACUGGAGGGACAGAAUCAACCUCACCAGACUCUCUUUCCUGUGUUAAAAGCCAAAGAGCAUUUGCUGAAAGCAGCAGCACCAGGAACAGGAAACGCAGGCACUCCUGUUUUUCAUGGCAAUCCAAAUAGCAGUAGAAGACGAUGGGGUCACGUUUCAGGUGUUUUGAAAAGCUCAGAUGACUGGGAGGAUUUUGAAGAGAUAGAAAUUAGCUCUCUGAAUAAAGCAAAGAUGGCAAAUGAAAAAAAGAGACAAGGAGAAGACGCACUGGGCAGAUUUGGAAGUGUCUUGGGAGUAAAUCCACCAAUCAGCAAAGGGAUUGGCAGUCAUCCAAAUGUGAAUAACUUGCUUCCGUAUCAAGAUCCAACUACAUCUAGAGUGACGUCGGCCAAACAGCAUUAUCUGAAACAGUCGCGGUAUUUACCAGGCAUUGGAGCAAAAAAGAAUUUAGCGACCAAUCCAAGCAAAGACCGCACAACAAACAGUUUGUGGGCUGGUGUCGGUUUGCCCCUGGGAGUCGUUGGUGGAGCUUUACCAGGUAGCAGAACCACCCCCGGUCCCAGUUCAUUGCCUGGUGGUUAUGCGUUUCUUAAGAAGGAAGUAGGUUCUGCAGGCCAAAGAGUGCAGCUGGCACCACUUGUAGAUCCACCUUCUAAUAAUGCAUCCCAUCGAAGUCAACCCCCAACAUUUGUUCCACCUUACAAGAGCACACCUGGGCUAAUGCCACGGCCACCACCUGUGCAAGCUAUCCACGGGAGAACAGACUGGGCUUCGAAAUAUGGUGGACAUAGAUAAUACUUCAAUAUACGCAGCGUUCACAAUCUCCCAAUCCAACAACAUAAGCAAACUGAAACAGGACAUAGUAUCAGUAUCCAUCUACUUCAUCUUAAAUUGAAAAGAGAUGACAAGGCAGCAGAUUGCUCGCAGUGUGCAACAUACUUACAUGUUAGACCAGUCACUUUAUGAAUACCAGGUAUAUACAGUAUAUAUGAAGAGAGAGCAUAUUGUAUAAUGCUACAUUCAAUGUUUGUAUCAAUAUAACUCAGUCAUUAUUCUAAUGCUAUGCUUUUCAUUUUUGGGCAGGGGAAUUUUUAAUAUACAGCAAUAAUGUGUUUAUUUUGUAGUUUUUUGUAAAUAAUGUAUAAUCUGUAUAGCCAGGUUUUAAAUAUGGCUACAUUUGUAUGAAUUUACUGUGCAGAAGAUGCUGUUUUUGUAUAAGUUUUCUAGAAGAGUAAUUCAUUUAUUUUAAUGGUAAUGCAGAUUGCAUAUUUCAACAGUGUACUAUACUGCACAAACCACCACUGUAAAAUCCCCCCCCCCCAGAGACUAAAGUGUGUAUUUCUCUGACUUUUGUGUCUCUCUUAAUGUGUUGCAUAACACUAUGUAACACAAUUUUUGUUCCUGGGUAGUAAGUGUUAUUUCCUAAUUGCUUAUGCCUCAAAA